AUAUUUGGUGGUGGUCAUAAUUUGUUUUUUUUUUUUCACUUGGCGUCUUGAAAACAUUUUGCCGGCGUAUAAAGAAUAAUUUUGGGUUCCUAGAUAGAAUAUGGAUAAAAGCCUGCUGCUGUUGUUAGCGCUCGGAGGUAUCGUACGCUACUAUCUGCAAAGUCUCCAUUGGAUUGGCGAACGAGUUGAAGUGUCAACACCAAUAAACUCAUUCAAGCGAGUCCAAGAAGGAAUAUAUCUCUAUGAGAAUGGCAUAGAUCCAUAUACGGGCGAUGUGGUGCACGAGUUGCCUGUAGUUUUAGUACUACUCGUACGUGUUUUCGGCUGGUUUUCCAACUUUGUGCCACUACUCUACAUUCUCUUGGAUCUGUGUACAGCAAUGCUGCUAUAUAAAUUGGCACAAAAGUUUGUGCACUCCAAAUUGUUGGAGCAAAAGCAGCAAAGUUCGGAGUUUGCUUUAGGUACAGAGGAGUUGCAAGUGCAGGAGUCUGAUAUGGAAGUGGUGCCGCGUUGUGUGCUACUGUCUUAUCUUUUCAAUCCUUUAUCGCUAGUUAGUUGCGCUGGUCUAACAUCGACAGUUUUCAGCAAUUUUCUGCUGGCGUUAACUCUGUAUUUUUUGGUGCAACGUUAUUUGUUGCCGUGUGUGUUCUGCUUAGCGCUAGAAACAAUGCGCAGCUUAUAUCCGCUAGUACUAAUUGCGCCUAUUGUGUUGGUCUUCACACAACACUCAAAAAGCACUACAUCCAGUGCCAUUCGUGUGAUAGCACUUUUUGUCGCUGCAUGCGCUGGAAUCACGCUAGUCAACUAUGCUUUAAUGCAAAGCUGGAAUUUCUUAGAUGCCACGCUCGGUUUUAUCUUCUUCUAUCGUGAUCUGCAGCCAAAUAUCGGACUUUUUUGGUACUUCUUCACCGAAAUGUUCGAACACUUUCGCACGAUGUUCCUUAUUACAUUCCAAAUGAACGCCACCGUCCUUUACCUGGUGCCAUUGUCACUUAAAUUACGCAAAGAACCAUUGUUAUUGGCAACAGUGCUCAUUGCCCUAAUGUCCAUAUUCCGUUCGUAUCCCUGUGUUGGUGAUGUAAGUUUUUAUUUGGCUCUACUUCCGCUGUGGCGCCGUUGCUGGAAAUUUAUGGCGCAUAAUUUUGUGGUGUUCUGUUUCUUCGUGGUGACAUUAUCAAUGAUGCCAGCCCUUUGGCAAUUGUGGAUUUAUUCCGGUUCGGCGAAUGCCAAUUUCUACUUUGGUACCACGUUGGCCUUCUCCACAGGACAAAUAUUUUUGGUCACCGAUUUGUUGUUUGCCCAUGUCAAACGCGACUUCUGUCUACGUAAUGGCUUGAAGGUCUAUGUCGAUGGCAAGGAAGCUAAAAUUAUUUUGGAAUAAGAACUAAGCUGCCUAAUGUACCAGUACUUAAGCUGUCUCUUAAAUGUACCAAUUGCACACUGCUCUGUUAUUGACUGCAUUUAUUAGUGAAAAGCCGAGUAUUGGCUGCUGAGUUGUCAUUAUCGGAGUGCGAGUAUGGAAUUUUUAGUAUUAAAAAAAGUGAAACAUGGAAUGUUUGUUUUAGCAAUUAAAAAAGAAAGGAACUUA